CACCGUCCUCCAUGAAAACAGGAGGGGGGACAUCACAAUGGACCAGAGCACUUUAGAGGAUGAACACAUCAAACUUUGUUGCUGUUGACUGGAAUUAAAAUGCUGCCUUGGAAGAAGAAUAAGUUCGACCUGAUUGAGGAAGACAAGCAGUCCAAGCAGAAGGGCUAUGCGGUGAGUCUCAACUACUCCGCGCUCACCUCUUUCGCCAAGUCCUGCCCUGAGAGCGCACUCAACAGAGUGGGCAGCAUGUUCAAGUCCAAGAGGAAAAAGGUAAAGAUCACAAGCGAGGACCCGACCUACACUGUGCUCUACCUGGGGAAUGCCACUACCAUCCAGUCCAAAGGAGACGGCUGCACGGACGUGGCAGUGAGCAAGAUCUGGGGCAAGAGCGAGAUGGGCAAGAAUGGCACCAAGAUGAGACUGACCAUCAGCUCACAGGGAAUCCGGAUGGUGCAUGUGGACGAUAAGGCCAGGAGGCCGGGACACUUGUACCUGCUGCACCGGAUAACUUACUGCGUCGCGGACCCCAGACUGCCCAAGAUUUUUGCCUGGAUAUACAGGCACGAGAUGAAGCACAAGGCCGUCAUGCUGCGCUGCCACGCCGUGCUCGUGUCCAAGCCUGAGAAGGCAAAGGCCAUGGCACUGCUGCUGUACCAGACCUCUGCCACAGCGCUGGCUGAGUUCAAAAGACUAAAACGGAGGGACGAUGCACGGCACCAGCAGCAGCAGCUCAUAGGGGAACAAACCAUCCCGUUGGUCCCCCUCAGGAAGCUGCUGAACGGACAGUGUUACUACAAACCACCGGUGGAGCGCAGCCGGAGCGCGCCCAAGCUUGGCUCCAUCACAGAGGACUUGAUAGGAGAGGAAGAGGAGGAGAAAGCGAUGCACUUUGAGUGUGAGGACAUUCUAGACACGGUCGAUGAUCGUGUCACAAACGGUAAACAGGAACUGUGUCAGAUUAUUAAUGACUUGGGCGAAAUGAGCAUCGGAAACGAUGUGCAGACACUGAAAGCUGAUCUCAGAGUAACCAGACUUCUUUCUGGAGAGAGCACGGGGAGUGAAUCCUCCAUAGAGAGCAACCCUGAGGCACCUCCGCAGGAGGUAAAGGCGCAGGAAGUUGCCUGAAUUAUUUCAGGCAUUUCUGCGCGUCUCUGACGCAUUAAUGCUGGGAAAAGAUGUCUCCAAAAGAAACAUUUUUCUGUGUCACCUUUAUGUUGGUGAGAGUAAACUCUGUUCUGUGCCUCCACGACUAAUUUAAAGGACCCAGAAAACACUUAGAAAGGCUACUGAACGAUAUUCGAAGAAUGUGUAAACAAAAACAUGAAAAAGCAAGUGCAUGCAGCUGAGAGAGCAAGCCGACAAAAUCCCAGUGCGCCUUAGGACGCACGCCACUAAUUCCUUCUCUUUUACUUAAGAGGAUUUGUUGUAGCCUCAAACGUGUUUACCUAAUAUUAUUUUCUUAAAAUUGCAUUUUUCUGUUGAAAAGUGCUCCUUACUAUCCAAAACAUUCCGUUUUUAAAGCACGUUUACCCUGGAUGGUUCAAUGGGUCUAAAAUGCAUCCUUAACUCUCCUGUCAGGGUGCUUUUGUUACAGCCUGUUCCUUGGAUUUUUUUAUUUUUGCACUGUUGUAGAAGUCAUUCAAGUAUUAAGUUGACUCUGUGUACAUGAUGUUUGUUGUUAUGUUGUCUGAAACAUAAAUGUCAUAUCUUUGCUGUGCAAAAGGAAACCAACCUUUAUGUAUGAAGAUGUAAAGUAAGAUGUUUAAAUGUUAUUUUUGGAGGAAAAAUGGUUUGUUUUGUGAACCUCAUAGAAUUAUCAAUAAAAGGAACAUGAUUUAAA